AUGCUCGCCCGAGGAAUGCUGCCUCAAGAGGGCCGGUGCUUACCCCAACUUUACACAAUGGACACUCUCGAUUACCAAAACCUGCGCAGCUGCGCCAUCGGUGUCAUCAUAGGCACGCUUGGAUUCUCCUACUUUGUCAUUUAUCUACUGAUGUUCUUGAUCUUCCAUUUCCCCUCAUCUCAACAGUCAAUCCCAUACGCUCUAGCAGUGAUGGCGUUUGGUGGAGGAAGCGCCAUAUGGUAUCUGUGUGUCAUCUUUCAGAAUAGCUUUAGUGCAUUCCAGAGGGGGAAAACGACGAAAGAGCAAGAUUCCGUGUGGUUUGGCGGCUUAUUCCUGGUCUGGACGGCAGCUCUUCCCACGAUCGCUUUUCUCUUUCCAGCCCAACCAUUGCUACAACUUGGAUAUGCAUCAGCUUUCACAAUGAUCGCGGUUGGAAGCCUUUCGGACGGCUAUCUCAAGGACAUGGACAUGGGGGCAUUUUCCACCAGAUUGUCUCUUCAAUCUGCCUCAGUGGUCCUGUUGGCCCUAGUACCGUCCAUUCACGCAUUGGCCGAGCCGCUCCACGCUCCCUCUCCACUGGCCACUCAUUCGGCAGACUGUCUCCACGGCAUGUACUUGGUCCUGACAUAUAGCCUCGUGGAGUAUUCCAAAGCGGUGUUGCAGGUAGCAAUUCCUUAUAUGUCUUGA